CAGUCUCUUGUCACUGUGUUUAAUACCGCCUUGAUUAGCUGCAUAGCUAAUGGGGGGGCUCUAUAUUUGCUAGACCUUAUUUUGGACCAUUUAAUAGUACAGUUCCACAGAAGAUGGAGAAAUAAUACCAGGCUUUUAAUAUAAGUAUUCCUCAAUCCCAUGAUGCCCUGCGCGCUACAUUUCCAGUGAGGAGUAAACAGUUGACAGAAACAUGACGAGAUAUAAAACAUAGAGACUGCGUCCGAAAUCGCAUACUGUGACAUUUUAAACACAGCCUGACAGGAGGCUCCUGACUGAUAGCCUUUCCUCAGCACAGAAUGAAUCAAUAUCAACAGCAGCCUGGCCGGUCCAACCUUUACAGCGCUGUGAAAACUGAGAGCUCGUCAACUCCGCCCCUCGCCACCAACAUGGCCAAUAACACUGCCGUUCCAGGGAAAGGCCUAGGAACCCCAGGGCCUGCUGGGAGAGUGAGUCCUGAGGGAACUCAGGUGCUCAGUAAGAAAAAACUGCAGGACCUUGUGCGGGAAAUUGACCCCAAUGAGCAGCUCGAUGAAGAUGUUGAGGAGAUGUUGCUACAAGUUGCUGAUGAUUUUAUAGAGAGUGUCGUGACCGCGGCCUGUCAGCUUGCCCGCCACCGCAAGUCUAACACUCUAGAAGUAAAGGAUGUGCAGUUGCACCUUGAGCGUCAGUGGAACAUGUGGAUCCCUGGCUUUGGCUCCGAUGAAAUCCGACCGUACAAAAAGGCGUGUACUACAGAAGCACACAAACAGAGAAUGGCACUGAUCCGCAAGACGACCAAAAAAUAGGAAGAAUGCAGAAGAUUGACAUUUCUCUUGCUCUUUUUUUUUGCUCUGUGGGUUUUGACUCUGAGGAUAUUUUUUUUUUUUUUUUUGAAAAUCAGGCUGAUAGAUGUGCUGGUAUCAGCCAACUGCUUCUAGUGUUUCACCUUUUUCAGAUGUCAGAAUCACUUGCCCAAACUGUUAACUGUAACUUGUGUUUCGUUCUUUGUCUGAUGCUGAUGAUGAUUACUAUACUGUCAUAAGCCUAAAUGUUAUAAUGGAUCUCAAAUGCUGCAUAAAACAUGAUUACUGGA